CUAUGUUUCACGCAGACCUCAGUGCGGCCCGUUGUUAUGACGACACGGUCGUAAAUCCGCCAUCUUCCUGUGGCGCGUUGCGACAUGGAGGGCGCGAUGGCAGUGCGGGUGACGGCCGCUCAUACGGCAGAAGCCCGGGCCGAAGCCGGGCGUGAAGCGGGCGAGGGUGGGGUUGCGGCGGCGGCGGUGGCCUUGACCUCCGGCGGCUUUCUUGGCCUGCCAGCACCCUUCAGCGAGGAAGAUGAAGAUGAUGUGCACAGAUGUGGCCGCUGCAUGGUCGAAUUCACUGCCUUGGAGGACUUUGUCCAGCACAAGAUUCAGAAGACCUGCCAUCGGGCUCCUCAAGAGACCCUGCCUACCACUCCUGCUGCCACUACACUACUGGGCCAGGAGGUGGUGCCAACUGCAGCAGAGGGAGGUCCAGAAGAGCCCAUCACUGUGGCCCACAUCGUAGUGGAAGCCACCUCUCUGGCGGCAGACAUCAGCCAUGCUCCUGACCUUGUUGGAAGUGGGCACAUCAAAGAGGUCAUUGUGGCUGCUGAGGCAGAGCCAGGGGAUGGCGAGAUGGCAGAGGCUCCAGGCAGUCCUAACCAUCAGGAACUUGGGCUUAUUGGGGAGGGCGAGCAGGCCCAAGUCAAGCUGCUGGUGAACAAGGAAGGCCGCUACGUGUGCAUGCUAUGUCACAAGACCUUCAAAACGGGCAGCAUCCUUAAGGCCCAUAUGGUAACGCACAGCAGCCGCAAGGACCAUGAGUGCAAGCUCUGUGGUGCCUCCUUUCGGACCAAGGGCUCACUCAUCCGGCACCACAGGCGACACACUGAUGAGCGUCCUUAUAAAUGUGCCAAGUGUGGAAAGAGCUUCAGGGAGUCAGGUGCACUGACUCGGCACCUUAAAUCUCUCACUCCGUGCACAGAAAAGAUCCGCCUCAGUGUGAGCAAGGCCACAGUUGUGGGCAAAGAGGAAGUGCCUGCAGGGCCUAGUGCCUCCACUGUGGGGACAGUUACAUCAUCAGUGGCAGGAGAACCCAUGGAGACAUCACCUGUGAUUCACCUGGUAACAGAUGCCAAGGGCACUGUCAUCCAUGAAGUCCAUGUCCAGAUGCAGGAGCUUCCCCUGGGCAUGAAAGCCCUGGCCCCCGAGUCCCCAGACCCUGAGGAGCUUCCCUGUUCCAGUGAGAACAGCCGUGAGAACCUGCUACAUCAGGCCAUGCAGAAUUCUGGCAUUGUCCUCGAGCGGGUUGCUGGGGAGGAGAGUACUCUGGAGCCAACCUCUCCCUCUGUGUCCAGUCCCCAGUCCCUGGGAGAGGGACCCCCAGAACUGCCCCUGCUGGAAGUGGAACAGAUAGAGACAGUGGCCAGUGAAGCUUCAGUGGUGCCUAGGACACACCCAUGCCCUCAGUGCAGUGAGACUUUCCCAACAGCAGCCACCUUGGAGGCCCACAAGAGAGGUCAUAUAGGGCCGAGGCCAUUCAACUGCACACAGUGUGGCAAGGCCUUCCCCAAAGCCUACCUGCUCAAGAAGCACCAGGAGGUGCACGUACAUGAGCGCCGCUUCCGUUGUGGAGAGUGUGGGAAACUUUAUAAGACCAUUGCCCAUGUGCGGGGCCACCGCCGUGUCCACUCAGAUGAGAGGCCUUUCCCUUGUCCCCAGUGUGGCAAGCGUUACAAAACCAAGAAUGCCCAGCAGGUGCACUUCCGGACACAUCUGGAAGAGAAGCCCCACGUGUGCCAGUUCUGCAGCCGAGGCUUCCGAGAGAAGGGCUCACUGGUGCGGCAUGUGAGGCACCACACAGGCGAGAAGCCUUUCAAGUGCUACAAGUGUGGCCGUGGCUUCGCAGAGCAUGGCACACUCAACAGGCACCUGCGCACCAAAGGGGGUUGCCUGCUGGAAGUGGAGGAGUUGGUGGUAUCUGAGGAGAGCCCCUCUGCGGCUGCCACUGUGCUUGCAGAAGACCCCCACACUGUGCUGGUGGAGUUCUCAUCUGUGGUGGCGGAUACCCAAGAGUAUAUUAUUGAGGCUACUGCAGAUGACACAGAGACCAGUGAAGCCACUGAGAUCAUUGAGGGCACCCAGACAGAGGUGGACAGUCACAUCAUGAAGGUGGUGCAGCAGAUUGUGCACCAGGCUGGUGCUGGGCACCAGAUCAUCGUGCAGAAUGUGACCAUGGACCAGGAGGCAGCACUGGGCUCAGAGGCAGCUGCUGCUGACACGAUCACCAUUGCCACUCCUGAGAGUCUAACUGAGCAGGUGGCCAUGACACUGGCUUCAGCAAUCAGUGAAGGCACUGUGCUCACAGCCCGCGCAGGUCCAAACAAUACUGAACAGGCCACUGUGACAAUGGUGUCAUCAGAGGACAUAGAGAUCCUUGAGCAUGGAGGAGAGCUGGUCAUUGCUUCACCAGAGGGCCCACUUGAGGUGCAGACGGUCAUCGUGUAGCUUGAGGGCCUCUACUGUGGUAGAAUGAGGACCCUGAGUGCCUGCCCACACCUGCCUGGUCAGAAGAAACUGAAGUUCAGGCACCUAAAGGAGAUGACAGUGUGAAUAUGCAGUUUUUUGUUUGUUUUUUUUUUGUUUUUGUUUUUGUUUUUGUUUUUUUUUUUUUUUUUUUUUUGCUUUACAAUAAAACAUGAAAACCUG